AUACUUGGCUAUCUUUAAAACUUCAAGAAGACAUCUGGUGAAAGUUUCAUAAUACUCUUUCAAUUGAUUAUCUCGAUAAACUGGUUCGAAUCUUUAAACAUUGUUUCGUUAUCAACGGUUUACAUAGUAGAGAUAAAAUCCUAACCUAUAAAAAUUUACUUUGAAAAUGGCUGCCAACAAUUUGAAAAAAGUAACGCAUUGUAUUUUUGAUAUGGACGGGUUAUUGUUAGAUACAGAGGUUUUGUACUCCAAAGUUUUCAAUCAAAUUUCUCAAAAAUAUGGUAAAGAAUAUACUUGGGAACAUAAAAUAAAGAUUAUGGGAUUUAAGUCUAAUGAAUCUGCAAAUGCCAUUGUCGAUAUGUUAGAAUUACCAAUUAGUGGAUCAGAAUUUGAAAAUCAGCUUGCAGCUAUAUAUGCUGACGUUUUUCCAAAGUGUAAUUUAAUGCCAGGUGCAGAGCGUCUUUUAAAGCAUCUGAAAAAUAAUAAUAUUCCAAUUGCACUUGCAACAAGUUCUGCUAAAACAACUGGUGACAUAAAAACGCAAAGAUGGGAGCACAUUUUUGAUAUGUUUCAUCAUAAAGUUUAUGGUGGUACAGAUCCAGAGGUGAAAAAAGGAAAACCACAUCCUGAUAUAUUUUUAAUAGCUGCCCAACGGUUUCCUGAUAAGCCUGAACCUUCAAAGUGCCUAGUAUUUGAAGAUUCUCCAAAUGGAGUAGAAGCUGCUAUUGCUGCAGGAAUGCAAGUUGUAAUGGUGCCGGAUCCUUUGUUGGAUAAAAAAUACCUUGAAAAUGCAACAAUCGUAUUGAAAAGCCUUGAUGAUUUUCGUCCAGAACUAUUUGGUUUACCACCGUAUUAAUUAAACAAAAACAAUUUCAGUAGCCAUAAAUUUUUCUAAACAUAAUUCUAAAUCGAUUUUAACGAAUAAGGGCAUAUUAGAAAGGUCAAAAUUUAUUACAGAAAACUAAUUUCUAAGAAUUUCGAUAAAUGAUUAAGUUCUCAUUUAAAUGUACAAGUAUUUCUUUCUUUUUUUAACAAAUGUAAUACUUUUUUUAAAAUUGGACAAUUAUCUCGUGUGUCAAUGUUUUAUAUUUUGAAUGAAUCCUUAUUCAUAAAGAUCGAUUUAUAAUUAUCCUUAGGAGAAUUAGGUAAUUAUACUGUAAAUCAUUGCAAUGUGCUGCAUAGAUUUAUCAUGUGGUUAUGCUUGUGUCACACUUUGUGUUACACUAUGCCACUUCAAAAAAUAAGCAUAUCUGAUAUUCGGUAAAUGGUUUAAUUAAUAUUUAUUGUUAUUUUAAAAAAAUUAAUAAACUAUAGAUUUUGAAUAAAAUUAAAAAAAGAUUUAGAUAUAUAUAUAUAUAUAAUUAAUUAAUUUAUAAACAAUGAUUUUAGACAAUGUAUAUUUUUAUAUACCUUUUGUUUUUUGCAUAGGACGAACUUUACGCCCAUAAAUACUCCAAUGGUUAUUUAUCUGUUUUACUACUAGCAUUUAGUUGUUACUUUAUUAUUAUCUGAAAGAUAACAGUCAUGAUACUUAUGCCAAAGUUAUGCAAUGUUUCAAAUGAAGAUUCGAAGAUAACAGGUACUUUAUAUAAAUUAUUACUGAUUUAUUAUUACAGAUAUUAUUUUAUGUUUAUAUUAUAUUGUGUUCAAAAGGAUUAUCUUAUUACUAAAAAAAAAGUAUUAUGUUUUCUAGUUUAUAUAAAUGUUAUUUGGUAAAAAAAAAAAGCCAUAUAUUGCUUAUCCAUUUAGUUGCUAUACUGUUUAAUGAAAAAGUAUUGUUGCAUUACAUAUCCAUAUAUAUAUAUAUAUAUAUGUAAUUCUAUCUAUAAAUUAUAUGUCCUUACAAUUAUAAGAUAUAUAUUGUGAUUUCAAGUCAGAUAAUUUGUUAAAUGUUAAAUGUUAAAUGUCUAAUGUUUGAUGUCAGCUAAGCUUUUUAAUUCACGAUAAAAAUGAAAAGAGCACAGUAUAUGUACACAAGCAUACAUACCCAUACGAUAAAUCAAGAGAAGGGAUAAAUGUUCUCCCUUUUAACGCGCUUCUAGUACAUUUUUUUCCACGUUCGUCGCUGAUUUAUACAUAAUUCAAGCGAGGGAGGUGAUGAACAGCCUUUUGAAACAUAGUCUAAUAUAAUUGUAAAAAGUAGAAUAUAUAUAUAUAUAUGUGAAAAUCUGCAGGCAGAUUUUCUAUAGGAUCAAUUUAAA